AACAAAUUCUGUAGCAGAAUUAGAAACGAGAAGGAAUGAACAAACAAUAUCAAAUAACGCAAUAGCCGAAUGUGGAGCACAAAACAAGAGUGUGUUACUUUUGUGCAAAGAAGUAACCCUAAUAAAUCCAGAAGUUCCGAGAAAAAGAAUCAGAGCUGUAGCAUUUUUUGACGCUGGAUCACAACUUUCCUUUAUUACAAGUAAAUUUGCGGAACGUCUUGGUCUUCGAGGUGAAAAAGAAAAGGAGUUAAACGUAGCUUCAUUCGGUAGCAAACGUCCUUCUGCAUGUCGGGUGAAGAAAACGAAAGUGGGGAUUGAGACAAGAGAUAAAGACGUCUGUGUGCUCGAUGUAAAUACAAUCGAUUAUUUGAUUAAUAAAUUGCAAAUGAUUUGUAUCAGCGACGAAGAAGCAGACGAGGUGGCUUGGAAAACUCAACUUUGCGGGUUACAACAGAAGUGGGAAGAACCAGAGUUACUUGUGGGUGCGGAUUUCUUCUUUAAAUUCAUUGAACCUAAGAAAUCUCGUAAAACGCGAUCAGUUUUUCACUUGUUGCAUACUAAAAUUGGAUUAAUGCUGUCUGGAAGUGGACACAUAAAAGGAACACCAAGAUCAACGAAGACGCAGUCGGAAAGCGUAUUUGUGUUCAACACAGUCAAAUUAGAAAACGAAGUGGAUAAUUUCUGAAA